AUGCCAGUACCACCGCCGCCAGCUCCUCCACCACCGCCCGCAUCGAGUUUACUGACUCCUCGAACAGCAGCACCAGUUAUGAUGGCGUCCAAAAGCAGAAACAACAACAACAACAACCGUGAGAAACUUUUGCAUGAAAUUCAGGCUGGCCUGAAAUUGCGCAAAACAGUUACCAAUGAUCGGUCAGCGCCAGUGCUCGGAGGAAAAGUUGUCGGCUCAUCAGAGAGUAAUGGUGGUAGUGCUAGCGCCGGAGGCGCAAAACAGCUAGCGACUGGUGGAGUUGGUGACCUUUUCGUGAAUGGUAUCCCCAAGAAGCCUUCUGACAAUAAGAGAAUGCAAGCAAACACUUUUAAGGGUUUGUUGCUUUUGGAUUUACCAAGUACAAAGACAAGUCCUCCGCCGCUGCCCAAACCUUUGAUUUCCGAAAAACGUACAGCAAAGCAAAUUACCCAUUCGGAGUCGUUGAAUCAGGUAAAAAUUUUUGCACUAAGCGUCUUGUUAAUGCAAGUUUUUUUAAAAUUUUUGAAGGCUCAAUUUUAUAAAUAA